AUGCCAAAGACAGAAGUUGAGACUUUGCUGCUGGAGAUUGGUGCUGAAAUGGGGCGGACCGCAACAGAAAUGAAUCCCUUUGUUCGGAAGGUUGUCGAGGAGAACUGGCUAGAUACCAAAGAGAGUCUCAUAGCCUUGAAAGCUGAGCAGUGGAAACAACUUGGUCUGCCUCUUCGGCUAGAGACAGCCUUGAAAAUUCGAUUAGGCAUCUCUGCCGCUGUAUCUCCUGCUGACAAGUGCAGCGUCAGUGGAGACUCUCUGCCUCCAGAAGCAGCAGCUGAACGAUAUCUUUGCCUUUUUGGCACUAAUUUCCGCUUGUGCAAGGUGAACGCACUUUCUAAUGCCGCUGUUGGUAGUGGGGUUGGGUGCUCUUUACAAUGCGUCGCCUCUGCAGCAGAAGCGCCAACGGAAGAUGCCGCUCUUCCUGCAGACAAACAUCAGGUAGAUGAGUUUAGUGUGGAAUAUGGAACCCCCCCUGAAGGGCUUUUCGUUUCUUCCAUUGAAGAUGCAUUGGAUGCGCUUCAACGAGAGGUCAAGACAAACACACACACGAACACCCACACACCCACAAGCACCGAACUGCUUCGAGAGGCAAUUCGCGUGGUGCAGCAGUUGCUAUUAGGAGUUCUCGAGCAACCAACGCUGCCUAAGAGGCGCAAGGUGGGUAGACACCCCGCAGCCGUGAGGGUGUUGCUGGCGGUGGGGUUUCGAGAAGAAUUUCUUGAUGGCGAAAAGUUUUUUGUCUUGCGCACGGCGUAUAUCCGUCGGUUGGUGAUUUGUUAUCGCAUGCUCUCUGAGCCGGCUGCUGAACUUGGAGUUUCCUUCGCACCGCUUCCUAAGUGCUACUUCGACCCUUUCUCCAGCAGCAUUACUUGCAGUGCUGGUCAAAGCACACUUCCUCGGGCAGCAGCAGAGGCACGCGCCGCAGAAGCGCGAGAAAUCGAGAGACAAAUCAAAGAAAGGAAGCGGAUUCUUGCUACAGGAGGUGACGCUGCUCCUCCCCCCUUGAAUCUCCAAGUCUUUACUGCCGAAGAGAUGGGACGGUUGGAUCGGCAGCGACAGCAACAGCACCAGCAGCACGAGCGCUGGGAAGAGGCCCCCUCCUCUGCAGGCACCUUGACGCCAGCAGAUGUCAUGCGUAUCAAGGAGGUAAUGAGCGAAGGCCCCUCCUUCCAAUCGAGGGCAAAGCAGCAGUUGGAAAUGCUGCAGAAGCGUCCAAUCUUCACGGAAUGCUGCACGCCACCCCUCCGCCGCAUGAACCCCCGGAAAAGCCUCUAUGAGGAAGGCCUGCUGCCUCGCUGUCUGCUACAUCUCAAACUAGAGGAGAACUCGCCGGAGGCACCAGAGGCCUGUCUGGACAGCGAAGCCUUGCGCAAUGCUGGCGUAGUGUCUGUCCCCACCCCGAGUCGCAGCAGUGGUAUCACAGGUACUAGCAGCGCUGCUGCACGGCGGAGCGGUGGCGCAUAUUUACCUGGACACGAGGUCGCUGCAGCUAACGAGAGAAGCAGCAGCAGCAGCAGUAGUAGUAGUAGUAGUAGUGGCAGUAACAAGGGCCGGCACGCCCUCUCUCGGCUGUUUGGUUCCAAAGGGCACAAAUUAAGGCCACCGACAGCGAUUACGCAAAUCAGUAAAUCUAAAGGCCCCCUAAUAAGGGCACCCGUCCACCCCCUAUGGGGAAUGCAGCCCGCUGAAAAUGGCCGUAAAAAUACAUAG